AACAUCGCCAUAGAAGCGCAUUCCCCCUCGGCCGGUCGAACAUCCUCCCCUUCGAAAGCACCUGCCCUUUCCCCCUUCGCCUGAGCAGCCGCCGUUCGCUCCCUCCCUCUCUCCACACGCCGUUGCCCCCAUGAGCGAUUACGUCUACCUUACACUCCCCAAGGACGCCACCGAGCAAGAUGUCAAGGACCAGGUGGAGGAGCUUGCUCGAAUGAUCCAGGGCACCAAACACGAGAUCAAACGCUCCGCCAACAAGAAGGCGGCAAAGUAUCCCGCUACCAAGCUCGAUCCUGAGGAUUAUGUCUUCGUAUGCCCUCGCUCCGGGAAUAACAGCGCUAAAGGGAGCAUGGAUGCUCCCUUGAAGGAUACGACAUGCGCUGAGGAGCGCUUCUCGGACCGGAAAAUCGCCCUGCGCGUGUGGAAGUGGGUCUUCCAGUCGGACAAGGAUAAGGAACGCCGGAAUGAAGACAAGGCGGAUACACACAUUUACCAACUCGGCACCAUCAUCGACCUGAGCAAGACAUACUUUGUCUCCGAAAACGGGCGCCUUCCCCAAGAGAUGAAUUUGGACCAGCACACCUGUGACGGUGCAUGCAAUGGCAUGAAGCCGAUGGUUCUUCACAUUAACCUGGAAACUGGCUUGGACGAGAAUCCCGGCACGGCCAUGGAGCCCGUGAGGUCCGCUGAGCGGUUGUAUGAAUUGAUGCAGAAGAGUAAAACCUGUGUGCUUCUUGUCUUCGCCCUGUCAUUCGUUCGCUUUGCCAAGGUGUGCCAGCUAUUUGGCGAGGACAGUGAGACCAAGGAAGAGGACCACAUCUACAGGACCAUCAAGUUUGUCAAUGAAUAUCUUCCCGAUCGCAUGCCGAUUCUGGCGGUGUACCGUCACUUCUCCGACAACAACUAUUCGGCUCAUGCUCUUACCUCCGUCGUGAGCAGCCUGACUGUCAAGGACGAGCAGUAGAAUGUAGCACUUGGAGCCAUGGCUGCAUGAGUCGUGAAGAAUGCGGCCGGGCUCGCCUUUGGGAGGUCUUUUUUCCGCCGGUUUUUGCCUCCCCCCCCCCCCUGGGUGCGCCCAUGCUGGGCUCCUGACACCCUGUGUUUGUGUAGUAGUACCCUUGGGUGGGUUUCCCAUUGUACGAGCUCAUCCGUGGGCUGGGCUUUCGUCCGAGACAGCGGUGGGCCCCUGCCCGGUGGUGCUGCCUUUCAAUAGACGAUGCUUUUUUGCGUGCCUAUGCCCUGUACUUUGGAGCUGAUGUGUCAGGCAGACCUGCGGUCAGGAGGCCGAGGCGGUCGAGCAUGGGGCAUCGCACGAAUGCCCGGAGUCGCUCGGGCAGGAGCCCUCGCCCGAGGGGACCUCUCCAGCACCCAUGGGUGAUGCAGGGAUCAAGGUGCUUGUCGGAUGGCGGGACUUCGGUCGAAUGGCGAGUGUAGAAUCACUCGGGGCGGGGCCUUUUUUCACUGCAUGGACACAUGCAGGGAUCAGCCUGCUGUACGCGGUCGGUUUCGGGUGCGCUUUAUCAUUGAGACGCAGAGAGAGGGAGAUGCGCCCCUUCCUUGGUGAGGCCACAGCUGCUCCGUGGCUUGAGGAACUGACAACCUCCGUGGAGUAGAGUGGUCGCAUGUGGGAUUCAUUGUUGACUCAAGACAACGUCGCACCACAUCCCACAUAAGCCCUCCUGCCCGGUUCGCUUGUCACGUCUCAUACCGCGAUCGGACGCACGGCAUCUGCACCCGAGAUGCCUGGGGAUUCUCACUGAAAGGGAGGCAGGGAGACCACGAGGAGGCGCCUUGCACGGAGCCCGACCACGUUGGAGAUCCCCAUAAGGGGCUGGACGGGAGUGGAGCUAUGGACUUUGCGGUGGUUGAUAGCCGGGCCGGCCAGGAGGCGACUUUCUCCGGAGAGAGGGCGGCGAGGCCGUGUGGAUGGGUCCGGCUCCUUGGGGGUCAUGGUCGUCUGGCCAGCUGAGCCGGUCGGGGCCAUCGCGCCGGAACGGCCAUUGUGUGUGCUGGAUGUGGGCUCCGGCAUCCGCCUCACAAGGGCCCCAGCGGACAUGGAAGACGCAUGCAGAGCGACAACGCGCCCGAGUAUUGGGGACACCCGGCGAGAGGCUUUCCCUCGGAUGGGUCAUCGGGCGCCGUGUGGCGCGAUGGAUGUUGAGGCGGCGAUGGGCGGCCCGCCGGGCGGCGCACGUCCACGAAGGGAAGAUCGCGCGGUGUGGGGUGAUGCUUGCAGCUGGUGGGACACCGACAAGGGGCCAGGCUUUCGAGCCACAUGGCCACCACCGGGAGCGGCGCGCCUCUGCCAGCACAACCAAUGGGGCCCGUCGGCAAGGGGAGGCCGGCCUCUGUCCUCGACCUUGGCUCCGGGUGGGUGCCCUUGCGAGCCAUGAGGCGCGUGGCCCAUGCUGACAGACUGGCGCGCACAUCCUCCACCAUGCCCUCCGUGAUCCGAGGGAGGGCCGUGGUGGGCCGUGGUGGGCCGUGGUGGGCCUCGGGCCGCCAAUGGACGGGGCGAGGUGCAGUGGGGGGAGUGUCGGGGGCAUUUCACAGGACCGGGAUGGACCGGUUCUUGCUUGCGGUUGUCUCGACAAGCACUGCAGGGCCCAUGUGCUGGGCGACCAUGCCCCACGCGUAGGGGCCGCCAUCGUACGGAUGACGGGCCAUGGUGUGGGGUCCUUGUCACAAUGGCCUCGCUCCCUGGCUCCCAGGCCCGAUGGGCAUGUUGGCGGCUCGAUACCGGCCUUCCAGCAUGACAUACAGGGCGUGGCUGCCUGCAAGGGGCUCUGCACGGCGGGGCGCGUGCCAUUUGAGGCGCGUGGAAGCCGACCGCCCCUGGCAAUGCGAUUGGGCAGCCCUGUAUGGCAGAUGGAUGUGCAUGUGUGCGCAUGAAUCUGCGUGGCGGCGCUGGCUGGUCGACCGGCCCUUGGAGAAACCAUGUCCCAGGUGCGCGAAAGAACCGGUAUCCGGUGUCGUGGCGUCCGUACGCCGAAUGGCCCCCUUGCACCUGGGUGGCCAAGCAGUGGUCAGGGGGAGAAAGGAAUCUCGGAGCUUCGGGCGCCGGUAUGCUCGGAGCAGCCUUUCGCCGAGCAAAGGAGCCACAACAGCGCCCGCGCUGGGACGAGCGAUUGCUUGCCUGGCUGUUUUGUGGCGAUUGGGGCUUUCUACCCGAGAUCAUCUCGGCGACGACCGAAGCUCCUGCCAAGGGGAGGGGGGCGCCUCCACAGACCAAGCGAGGAGAAUACAUGGCUUGGGUGUGUCGCGCGGUCACUCUCGGGCCGGAAGCGACGUGAUAGGAGAUGGCUAGGUGGCGAGGGGAGGGCAUUGACGAGUGUUGCGCAAUCGGGCCCAGCGAGUGUGCGCCCUGGUUGGCGGUGUGCUGUCUGGCCUCUGGGGCCGAGCAGGCGAGGGGAGCCCAAUCGCGCGCAUCAAGCGCCAAGGUCUCUCCGGCACAUGCGAUACCUCGGUCGAUGCGGGCCUCGCCGGGCGGAAGGUGCCCGCGCGGCGGGUGCUAUGGCGUACGGGAGGCAAGCUGACCGGUCGACAUGGUCCUGGUAGAGGAUGGCUAUGGUUGUGCCUCGGCAUGAUGGCAUGCCAGAACGUCGAGGAGGGUAUGUCGCGAAGACGC